AUGUCUUCUCUACUUUGGAGUUCCAUUGCAACGUGUGUGGCAGUGCUAUUUCUACUCCUUCAUCUUGGCAUUGCACACCCUUCACUCUCUCACCUUCAUAGGAAUAGUAUCACUCGCUUACCAGGUCAACCCCAUGUUGAGUUUCAUCAGUUUUCAGGCUAUGUGACUGUUGAUCACAAAAACCAGAAAGCACUGUUUUUUUACUUCGCUGAAGCUGAAAAAGAUGCACUUUCCAAACCCCUUGUUCUUUGGCUCAAUGGAGGGCCUGGUUGUUCUUCUCUGGGAGUUGGUGCAUUUUCCGAGAAUGGACCAUUUAGGCCCAAAGGAGAGGCCUUGAUUAGGAACCAAUUCAGCUGGAAUCGAGGUACCUAG